UUAGAUCGUCGGUGACUCCUUUUUCUCUUCCUAUCUGUUUCUCAUCCGGCAAAGCGGAGCGAGUGCGAGUUUAGGGAGGUUUGUUCUGUUGUUGGGUUAGAUUUAUCCCGAUGUCCAAACAGACCUACAAAGUCUGCUUCUGCUUCAGGAGGCGGUUCCGGGUGACCAUAUCGGAGGCACCGGACGAGAUCAAGACCUUGUUCGAUCAGUAUUCGGAGAAUGGCUUUAUGAACGUUGAUCAUCUCCGCAGGUUCUUGAUUGAGUUCCAGAAGGAAGACAAUGCCACCAGAGAGGACGCUCAGGCCAUCAUCGAUGGCCUCAGGCAUCUGAAUCUCUUUCACCGAGGCGGUACCAAUCUCAUGGGCUUCUUCAAGUACCUCUUUGGGGACUCCAACCCACCUACCAAUAUUUCUGGAGUGGUGCAUCAGGAUAUGACAGCUCCGUUAUCACACUAUUUCAUACAUACUGGCCACAAUUCCUAUCUGACUGGGAAUCAACUGAGCAGUGCAUGUAGUGAUCGCCCCAUCAUAGAAGCAUUGAAGAAGGGUGUGAGGGUGAUAGAACUAGAUAUAUGGCCGAAUUCUGCAAAAGAUGAUGUGCAUGUUCUUCAUGGAGGGACUCUCACAACCCCUGUGGAACUAAUCAAAUGUUUGAGGAGCAUUAAGGAGCACGCCUUCAUUGCUUCAGAAUAUCCAGUUGUUAUUACUCUAGAAGAUCACCUUACCCCAGAUCUUCAAGCUAAAGUGGCUGAGAUGGUGACUCAAACAUUUGGAGACAUACUAUUUUCUCCUGGCUCAGAAUGUUUGAAAGAGUUCCCAUCUCCCGAGUCAUUGAAGAAACGUAUUAUCCUAUCGACAAAACCACCAAAAGAAUACCUUCAGGCUGCUAAAGAAGUUAAAGAAAAGCAUCCCGAAAAGGGGAAAGCUGAAGACAAUGAAUCAGCUUGGGGAACAGAAGUCCCUAGCAUUAAAGGCCGUACUUUAGCUGAUGACAAGAAUGAUUUGAAUGAAGAAGAUAGUGACAACGAGAAAGAUCUUGAUGAUGGAGACCUCAAGUCACAUAAAAAUUUACCACCACCACCUCCAGAAUAUAAACGCUUGAUAGCGAUUCAUGCUGGGAAGCCUAAAGGCGGAUUAAAAGAAUGCUUUAAGGUGGAUCCAGAUAAAGUGCGGCGUCUUAGUUUAAGUGAGCAACAGCUUGAAAAGGCUUCUGAAACUUAUGCAAAAGACAUUGUCAGGUUUACUCAGCGAAAUAUACUCAGGGUAUAUCCAAAGGGUAUACGUGUUGACUCAUCCAAUUACAAUCCACUAAUAGGGUGGAUGCAUGGAGCUCAGAUGGUUGCUUUUAAUAUGCAGGGUUAUGGAAGAUCCCUUUGGGUGAUGCAAGGAAUGUUCAAAUCCAAUGGUGGAUGUGGUUAUGUGAAAAAACCAGAUUUCCUAUUGAAGUCUGGCCCACAUAAUGAGGUAUUCGAUCCUAGAGUUACGUUACCGGUAAAAACAACUUUGAAGGUGACCGUGUUCAUGGGGGAAGGAUGGUAUUAUGAUUUCCCUCACACACAUUUUGAUGCAUAUUCACCCCCAGAUUUUUAUGCAAGGGUAGGGAUUGCUGGAGUUCCUGCUGAUACCAUAAUGAAGAAAACAAAGUCAUUAGAGGACGAUUGGACACCUGCUUGGAAUGAAGAAUUUGAGUUCCCAUUAACAGUUCCAGAACUCGCUCUCCUUCGAAUUGAAGUUCACGAGUACGACAUGUCUGAGAAGGAUGACUUCGGAGGCCAAACAUGCCUCCCCGUGUGGGAGUUGAGGAAAGGAAUUCGAGCUGUCCCGCUCCACAGCCAAAAGGGGGAAAAGUACAAAUCGGUGAAACUACUCAUGCGCUUUGAUUUUGUCUGAUGUUGUACAAGCAUUUCCACGUAGCGGAAUGGAGUAUAUGCAUAUCUGUGAAGCUAUUUGAUUUCUUUGGUGUUCAUGAUGUUGUGAGUUUGUGCUAGAAGGAAUAAAAUCGUCUUUAGCAUGUGAAUGUGAUCAAAGUUUGCUACUUCUGUUGUAUUGUGAGGACUGGAAAUUUAUGUUGUACUAUAAUGAGUAGUUGUACUGAAAUCUUUAUGUGUAUGUAAUUAUCAAAGCUUUAUUUUUGUUGAGAAACAAAA